UCUUGUGCUUAGAAUAUUCACCAGAAAUAGUGAUUUUGUGAUUUUUUCUAUGAUUUAAAAUUGUGAGCGAUCUUUGUACAAAAUGAAUAAUCCGUUUUUAUCGCACUGGCCACUUAGAUAAGUUUUGUAAAAAAGUAUCUCAAAUCAACCGCGAAGAAAUCAAAGUACAAAUAUACUCAGAAAAGAUUCUCUAGUCAUCCAAGUCACGGGAAUAAGGUUAAAACUAAGCUUAAGCAAACGCGAGUCAACUCAAACGAAGAAAAAUAUUGCUCUAUAACUUCGAAUUGAAACCAAAGAAAUCAAUUCAAAAUGGUGGAUCUACUGUCUUCGAUUACGAAGGAAUUCGGAACAUGGCAGCUCAGGGCGGUCUUUUUGAUAUACCUGUGCAAAAUUCCGUCAUCAUGGUUUAUGGCAUGUCUGAUUUACACGGCACCUAUUCCUAAGCAUGGUGAAUUUUUCUGUAAGCCUCCGCCUGAAAUCAAUCACUACAACGAGACGCAAUGGAUCAAAGUGUCACACCCAGUCAAGGAGGAAGUUCACGACGAGGAGUUCAACAUUGACUAUUGUAACGUGUUCGAAGAUGCCAUGGAGCAUAGUCUGCAGUACUACAAUGAUCCAAACAUCAAGCCCUGGAUUGAGCCCGCCAACAAUAGCAGGAUUGUCCCAUGUGAAUCGUUCGAGCAUCAUUCAGACUAUACCUCCAUCAUCACCCAGUUCGAUCUGGUUUGCUCCAGGGACAUUCUGGUGGCAACCACUCAAUUUUUCCACCUGUUUGGAGUUCUGCUCGGCGGCAUCCUAACUACUGAAUUUUUGAAGACGAUAAGUCCGAGGAACAUCAUGCAGAUAGGGAUGUAUACGCAAAUCAUUUGCGGCUGCUUAACUGGACUGAUCAACAUAUUCGAGUUGCACAUGAUGUUCCGUUGCAUGAGUGCCAUUUGCUGUGGCUUCAUGUACAAUGCCGGCGGUGUUAUAAUGGGUGACAUCACCGGAGGAAAGUACAAAACCGCUGCCAUCUGUCUGUUCGAACAGUUUUGGUCGCUCGGUGUGAUGAUGCUUCCUGGAGUGGCCAGUCUUUGGAGCAGCUGGUCCCAGCUGUAUUUGGCAAUCUCGCUGCCAACCUUCAUAUUGAUCAUUUUGCACAGGUGGGUUCCAGAUUCUCCCCGAUGGCUGCUCAAGCAUGGAAGAGUGCGGGAAGCCAAAGGGUAUCUGCUGGAGUGCGCCAGGUUUAACAAAACCGAAGCAAAUAUUCCGAACGAUUUCGAUCAUCAGCUGAAGUCGUACUCCGAUGCGGCCGUUGAACAACCGGAACCCGAUUCGUGGUGGACUAUUUGGGGGGAGAAGAAUCGCAGGAAGAAUCUGAUUUGUGUUCAUCUGGCGUGGUCCCUGUUCAUCGUGGUGUACUAUGGGAUGCUGUUGAAUAUUCGAGCAUUCGGACGGGACCACUUGCGGAUCAACACCGUGAUUGCGGGUUUAUCGGAAUUCACCGGAACGUCAAUAGGAUUCGCGUUGAUCAUGUUCACGAAGAACAAGUGGUUUUGGACUGGACUGUUCAACAUUGCUGGUGGACUUAUUACAUAUUGUGGAUGGUUAAUACCUCCAGAAAUCACAGGGGACAAGCGAGUCGCUCUUCUGAUGGUUACGGCAAUGGUCUCUAAGAUGAGCAUUUCUUGUGCGUUGUGUAUGCUAACGACUUGCACUGCGGAGCUUGUGAGUGAAAACAAGAAGAACGGCGUCGUCUACUCUACCAUAGUGUGGGCGAGGAUCUGGCUACUGACUUCACCAUUUAUAGGAGCCACGGUCAUAUUUGGACAGUUGAUUCCUCAAACGUCUUAUGGAUCGUUGGUUUUGCUCGGUGGAAUUAUCGUUGGAUGUAUAAACGGACCUCGGACACAUCCCAAGAAGGUGCCCAAGAAGAACUCAGUUUAUCCAGAAAUAAUCUCGACUUCCGCGAACUGGCCUUCGGACAAAACGAGUGGAAUAACCGAUUUGAAACUAUAAAAAUAAAUCGAACAGGUUGGUUUUUCUUGAAUGCCGAAAAUGCACGAUGAACCACAUUUAG